AUGUACUUGCUGGAGGGACAAUACGAGUCUGUGUACAAUGCGAGGUGGAGCCAUGUCGUGGAAGUUACUGGCGGCGAGGGGACGGGAAUGGAGGCUUAUGAGGGGGAACCACCGCAGCCAUGGACGUACAAGGCAGUUGGCAACACCCUCGAAAAGGAUGACGGUGUGCAGCAAUCCGGUGCACCGCGUCUCAGGCUGAUGGUGCUCACCUCGGACAAGGCAUGGCCGUACUCGUGGGGUGCGUGUGAAUUCAAUCGUGACUGCUAUGUGAACUGUGAGGUGGAGCGCGUGUGGCAGAUUGUCAAGGGCGUUGUAGACAAAUGGUCCAGCGGUCACGGUGAGACCGACUUUACGCCUGAUCCGUGUGUGUUGAUUGGGACGCCCGGGAUCGGGAAGUCGAUGGCUGCCGGUUCGUACCUCCUCUAUCAGCUGCUGCACUACGAUGCGGAGAAACUCCCUGUGGUUGUGUACUAUAUUGCGGAUCAAACAUUUCUGUUUGACAAGACCACCAAAAAGUUGUCAGAAUACUUGGGUAAGGGCAGUACCCUCGAUGUUGUGGACAGGCUAUCUUGGCGCGGGGUGAAGGGGUAUAUUAUCUACGACGUGGCAGAGGAGGUGUAUCGUCCGUCUGUUGGUUUGCCCUGCAAUGGAUGGGGCAUGAUUGUGGUAACAUCACCAAACGAGAAUAAAUACGAAUUGUGGGCGAACCAAAACUUACCCUUACAAAUCGUAAUGAAUUGCCCUGACGAGAGCGACGUGAAGGCAAUGUGCGUUUGGGAACAACGCAGUAAGCCUCCGCAGCAGCAAGCGGAAUACUGGCGAGAGGUGAAGGGUCGCAUGGACAAAGUUGGACCGAUUCUUCGCUACAUCUUUGAUGAGCAAGCAUAUGAUGAUCGGAUUGAGAAGUGUCACGAAACCGUGGAAGAGACGAUUUCCCCGGAAACUCAGUAUUACACUGGUUUGGGGAAUUUUACGAUGUGGUGUGGUAAUAGCGUGUUCCACUGGCUUGCGAAGGUUGUACGAAUACGAGAGGAAGUUUGCAAGGGUGAAUUUUCUUUGAAUUUACCGAUAUCUGCCCAUCUCUGCAAUAAAACAUUGUGCAUGUUGGCAAAGUUAAUGCAGCAGGAUGAUUUUAAUUCACUCAUAUUGAGACUCAAGCAUAAUCUUGUAUCGGAAAAUAUGGAACGGUGUACCGUGUUUGCAUUUUUGGAUGCGGACUUCAUAACUGCAAUACGACACAAAGUGAGGGAGCUGAAGCGAACAACACGACGUCAGCCACACCGCAGUGCGCUGGAGGUGUACUCACAGGAGCGCCCCACCAGGCACCAUGUCUUACCGCCACCGCAUUACUUUUCCGAGAAGGUUGGCGUAGAUUGCUGUGUGUUGUACGUACCGGGGGUGGAGGACUUUCCGCUGGUGGACGCCUUCUUUUUCGUGAAUUCAAAUCCGAGGACGCUGGUUGGGCUGCGGAUGUCCACGGCAAGUGAGCACCACACCACCGCCAGCACUGUGAGGCAGUUCACUGAGUGUCUGGCGGCGUAUUUUAAUGGUUGGGAGGAAUUGUCCCAAGAAUUGUCGUGGGAGAUAAUUUAUGUGCAGCAGGCAGACGGCACGCCGAUGAAUGACUGGCAGAGAUGUGAUGUUGUCAAUACCGAUGGUGUGAGCGAGGAGGAAGACCAGAGGAUUGCGGCGUUCUGGAAGGGAAGGGUGCUCCAGUACCAAUUGGCAAUAUCACCCGGAGACUUUAGAAGAGACGAGGCUCUCCGAAGUGAGGUGUAA